UUCACACUAAUUGACUUGUUGUAUCACUUGAAAAGUGAAGUGUGAAUGACCCUUCACUGUCUCUGUCUUUUUGUAUGGAAUUACAUGAUUCAAACGUCAGUAAUUGAUGUUUGAAUUAUUAUUUAUCACGAAUGUCUUAAACUCUUAGAACAUAACAUUAAUUGGUUGUGACAACUAAUACGAUAUUAUUGACGUUGAUCGUAAUACUGUAAUAACCCCUAAUUACCAUCAGCAUGCUGUUAUUCCACUAAUAGCUUCAUUAAUGGGUAAACGAUUAUCGUUAAAUCUCCUGUAUCAUAAGUACAAUUUUCGCUAAUUUUCAUGCGAUUUAAAGUAAAACAUUGAAAAAUUACAUAGGCAAAAUUAAUCCAUAUUUCCCUUAAAUUGAGAAAGGUAAUGGUAUUGCAAUCUAGCUAAGUCAAACAUGAUACAGUACACGAGUUCACCCAUUAUACUCGGGACAGUAGGUUGUUUGGAAGAUGAGGAUAUUAUUGUAAUUGUUCGAAGCAAUGAUCUCAAGAAUGAUUUAAAUUACUUAUUACAUUUGUCUCCGGGCGGAGUGAUAGAAAAGGAGGGGCAGGGAGGAGCGCCCUGGGGAUAGCUGGUUGUGCCGGUGGCUGCAUCGAUCGUUUCUACUGCGCGGUAAAGCUCUCCUCGCAUGAACGAUGUGGUUUUCCUACGUUGAAAAAUAUCAUCAGUCUCGAUAACCAGCAAUUAUACCAACCGGUUAACCAUUGGUUUUUGUCAUUUUCCCUUGAAAAUUUACCCUAGGAUCUUUAUAACGAAUUAGAAACAGGUGGAUAUCAUUGACUUGUAUCACUGAAAACCUACAGUAGUAGACACAAGUUUAAAUUUCAAACUGUAUGGAGGAUGCCAAUAUUUUCUUGAUCCACUGUAGCCCUCUAAUCUUCGAAUAAACGAAUAGGAAACUUCAUUAGAUAGUUAGUUAAAUAAUUGAAUAUUCGAUAACGCUCGAGUUUGAUACAGUAGAAAGUUUCAUAUUGCUUACAGCUCGGUUCGAGCGGUGAACAAUUAUCGGAUUCGUGACGAAUUUUUGUUCUGAAAAUUGCCCCAGUUCUGGAGCGGACUUUAUCGUCGACAGAUAAAAGUGACAGGAUUUAAUCGCAAACGAAUGACAUUUACUUUGCUGAAAAAGAGAGAGAAAAAAAAAAGAAAAACUAACAAGCAAAUAUUUGAAUGAAAAAUUUCAGAGAAUUAGUUUUUCUUUUUUACAGGAGACAAGUUUUAUAAAUGAAAUUUGUGGUGACAGGUCUAUUAACAAGAGACAAUACUUUUAUUUCGUAUCGUCUAAAGUAAAUGAAAAUAAUGAACGGUAGUCGUGAUCCUCGUGACAAAGGUCUACUUGAUGAACAUUCCACGACGAUAGACCUCGAACUACUUCCCUUACCCUUGGGAAUUCUCUUCAUGGUCAAGUAAUAUCGUGUUCGCGAUGAAUGAUCCUUGAUAGAUCAUUGAGGUGAAUCAAGAGAAUCAUUAAGAAGAAUGUCUAGGAUAUUAGAAGGGAUGGACGAAUGCCCCAUGGACCCGGGGCUGAAAUUUGACACCACUUGAAUGCAAAGAAAAAGGUACAAAUGAGCAGGACGCGGAAUGGGCACAUCCUGGCUUUUGGCCCUGCUUCCUGUGACGAUGACGACGAUGACAAUAAUGUCGUACAUCACCGUAACGACGGCUACUUCAACAUCGGUGCCGUCUAUUACUACGGCUACCAGCAACGAUAUUCUAGAUACAAAGAGGGCGGAUAUUGAGAAAGCUUUGGAUGUGAUCGAAGCGGCAUCAAUUGGAUCGUUGGGUGAAGAUUGUGCCACGACAGCUGGUUUUAAAUCUUUACCAGCUGCCGUAGCACUUGAUCCACGACGUUACGAUACUGCUCGCCAAAAGGCUGAUAUGACCGCUCUUAUGCUCCAAAAUCUUGGCACCAUCGGAGGAUCAAGGCAUAACGUGCUUUUAGAGGUGUUGGCGAAAUCUCUGCUGGUGUCCGUAAACGAUGCAGUAGAAACAAGAGUAAUGGCGUUAAAUGCAUCUACCGGUGCAGUGAUCAGCGCGGUUUGGUUGGAAAGAAAUCCAGCUAGUGUUGGAGAACCGUCAAACGUUGAGAGUAAUGGACUCCAACCAGGAUCUAUACCAGAUCCAAAUUUGCCUUGGUUCGAAAAUGCUGGUACCACCACGGAAUUGAGGGGUUGGUGGACCAUUCCGUACUUCUCCUGUAAAAGCCAUCGAUGGUUGAUCUCGUACAGCGUUAAUAUACGACCACCGGAUGCUCGUCAUGGAAUUCGAGAAUUUUUAAGCGUGGAUAUUGACAUCAGUGGAUUAGAAGUAAAUCAGUGCGAUGUAUCAUCGCAAACUAGCGCAAACGAAGCUUUAAGUAAUCAAAUAGCAUCUUUUAAAGGCACACAUAAAUGUCAUAACGACACUACACGGUGCGAAUAUCAAAGUCCUGGUAACCGUAUUAAUCAAAAUGGAGUGGGUGCUGGAUGGGUUAAGGGUGCAUACAUAUGCAAAUGUCGAAAGGGUUAUUAUAGCACUAAUCAUCAUCAAUCUGGCUUCGAUGGAAUUCUCGUCGAAGCUGCUUGGAAAGAGAUGCAAGAAAACAUAAGCGACUCGUAUGUGACAGAAUUUCGAUGUAUGCGUUGUGCACCAGGAUGCUCGAAGUGCAAAGGGCCCGAGCCUUGUUUAGCUACUUACAACUGGCCCUUCCGAAUCACCCUUUUGUCAUUCUCCAUUUUCUGUGUGUUCGGUACCAUCGUUUUGGUGGCCUAUAUGUAUCAACACCGUAAGCUUAAAGUGUUCAAGGUCGCUUCGCCGAUAUUUCUAUCCAUUACGCUUUUGGGUUGUGCUAUUAUGUAUCUUGAAAUGGCUGCCAUAUUUCCCGUUUUGGAUAUGUAUUCUUGUAUCGCGACCAAGUGGACGAGACAUCUUGGCUUUUGUAUUUCCUACACGGCGUUGUUGAUGAAAACUUGGCGAGUUUCUCUCACGUAUCGUGUCAAGAGCGCGCACAAAGUCAAGCUUACGGAUAAACAAUUGCUACAAUGGAUGGUUCCAAUAUUAUUAGUAAUGUUAAUUUAUCUUGGCACAUGGACAUUGAGCUCACCACCGUAUGCCGAAGUGAUAGCCGACAAUUAUGGUCUGAAAUUCUACCAAUGUUCGUUCAACUGGUGGGAUCACAGUUUAGCAAUCGGGGAAAUUCUGUUUCUUGCAUGGGGCAUUAAAGUGUGUUACAAUGUUCGCAACGCGGAAAGUCUCUUCAACGAGGCCCGUUUGAUAAGCUACGCAAUUUAUAACAUAGCCGCUGUGAAUAUAACUAUGAUCGCCAUUCACCUUUUCAUUUUCCCUCAUGCCGGACCAGACAUCAAGUAUCUGUUGGGAUUUUUACGCACACAACUUUCAACCUCUGUAACCGUGUUUCUUGUAUUUGCACCUAAGGUAAUUCGUGUUUCGUUGUUUCUCUCGAGUUUGGAUAAUUUCAGGAAAUUUCAGGUGACUCGAGUGUUACGAGGGCAAGGUGAUCAAUGGGAUAGUCGUGCCAGAGGUCGGGGGGUCACCGCUAGUUUCUCGUUGAAUGGAAUCGGUUUGGUGUCCGAGGAGACGACAGACUUGCAUCAAGAAAACGAGGAGCUUAAGGAGGAGAUUCAAAAACUGGCAGCCCAAAUAGAAUUUAUGAAAAUCGUCCACAUGGAGAUGUACAAUCGCCAUAUUAAAUCGAAAGCCGGUGGAUACUUUAGCACCCAUGGUCAUGGGCAUACUCAUCCAUCCUCGGCUCAAAGUCCAAUAGCGAAAAGCUCGACGGCCAGUUUUAUAUUGAAACAGACAGCCGUGGAACGAGGGGCUAGCGCGGCCGCGGCUGCCGCGGUCGAAGACUCAACUUUCCCUUCUGGAAGUUUGCAUCGAGCGCGUCGAAUGGAGAUCCUGAAGGAACGGAAGGCGGAAAGGGAAAGGGAACGGGAUAAAGGAAAGGAGAAAGAGAAAGAGAGAAGGGAGAGGGAACAGAAGAGAGAGAAAGAACAAGAAAAGGAAAAACAGGAGGAUGCUGCACACGAGGAAACCGUCGAAGAAACCGGAGAGAAGGUCUGACUAGUGCUAAAUAGCAAUGAGGUAAGAUCAAUUUCUUUAUUUAGAUGGGCCUUCUUAUUUGGCAAACCUGGGCCAAUGAAUAUUUCAUGAAUUUUCUUGGUCGAUGUUGUUUCAUUGUCAGUAAUAAUGAACUUAUUUGAUUUUAUCAGGAACAUAGAAAUGUUUAUCAGAAUUAAUAUUCUGGUAUUCAGUUUAAUAAACGCCGUAAUGACAAUAAUUUUAUUGUUGUUUGAAUAUCGUCCACAGAUAUGGUUAUGACAAACUCAGAAUAUAAAGAAGAAUAUGAAACGUAAGUGUGAUCGUGGAAAGAGAAGGUUCAAGAAAAGAGGUAAAUUCACAGGGUAUUCUCUAAUGCAGGCCUGGGCAACUCGUACCCUUAAAAUGAAAAUUGCUUAAUUUCUCUCUUACUGCCUUAUUUUAUUAACGCAGAAUUUUUUUCUUUUUUUUAAUUAUUUAUGAUUUCUAUGAAUGAACAGAAGUUGUCCUCUAAGGGGUUUUAAUCGUUUAUAUUUACCCUAAGGGCAUCGACUUGCCCAGGCCUGUUCUAAUGGAUACAAGACACCCAGUGUUCGAACGACUCAAAGGACUUCAAUCAUUAAAUAGUAACUAGAUUAAAUCUGUACGUAUAUAAUUGUCAUUCGUUUAUGGUGGCAGUAACUCCAUUAGCUUUAUCGUCAAAUAUUUAUGUUCACACCAAACAAGAAACGUUUGAUGAUUAACGAGAAUAAGAGACGUGAUUAACAGGGAUAAUUAAAAAUAAUCUUCAUUAUUUUCAAUGUUACUAAUAAUUUAUCAAUAAUAGGUAUCGGUAUUCUAUUCUUUCGUCAUUGAAAACAUCAUCCUUAAUUACCUUGAUUAAAUACCUAAUGAAUAAUGAAAUAAUGUGAUUUCUCAAAUGACAAUUAGUAUAAUCAACUUCGUUAAAUAGAAAAAGAAAAAAAAUAAAGAUUGUUACUUUGCAAUUGUUCUUGGUUUGCGUCUGUAACAAGCACGAUUUUCUGCUGAAUUUUACUCUCGUGUAACACAAAAUGAAUUUGUGUCAAUAAGCAAAACCAUAUCAUAGAGUAUACCGAAUCAAAACUGAUAAUAUAACAUUGUUAAACUAAUAACGUUACUCGAUCGCUAAAUACAUUUCUAAACAACUAUUUGAAAAUUUAACAUUCUAUUUGUUUAAUAUUUAGUACAGGAACAAAAUAUAAACUCCAAUUCAAUUACACAACAACUUUUUCUCUUUUUAUUUCAAUCAUUAACAUUAUGAAUAGACUGUAUGAAUGAUAUUCGUAUCAAAAAUAUAAAAAUUAGACGUAAACCAAGAGAGAGAGAGAGGCAUAAGAUAGCUGAAAGUAAAUAAAAAAAAAAGAAAAUAUUAAAAAACUCGUUAUAUCGCACAAAAUAUCAAUAAGUAUCGAGAGCACGUACAGCAUUUUAUUACAUGAUUGGAGUAUGAAAAUUUACUUGAAUAUAUCUCAAAGAAAAAAAAAAGCACACGCAUUUUAUACGACAAUAAGAUACGAUUUAAGGUACUUUAUUGUUAUUAGCGCAAAAAGAUCGAAUAUAAUUUUUCUUUUUCGUUCGUUGACUAUUUCGAUCGUCUGUUGCAAUUAGAUAGCGAAAAAUUUCGUGAAUGCCCUUAUGGCAAUUUUAUAUUUCGAAAUGAACAACCUGGAUCUCUUCUGGGUCCAUCCCUGUAUUAUUAAAAAUUACUAUAAAACGUGUGAAAGCUUGAUAGGAUAUUGGUAAAAAAAAAAAGUAUUCGACAAGAAUUGCUACAGGAAUGCGACAAUUCUUGAAUAGGAAUGUUGUACUGUUUUGAAACAUAACAACGUUAUAAAUUCAUUUCAAUAUUCAAUUGUUCCACAUCUUUUGAUGGGUUUUAUGGUUCAUCAGCAGACAUUGCUGUUUGAGCGAUUUGAAAGAAAAAAGGAAGAGAAAUAAUGAACUUUUAUUGAAGAUAUAAAAUUUGUACAAUAAUUUGUAUAUGUAUAUAUAUUUUUGGACAAAAUUACUGUAUAUCGUUGUUCAAAAUUUAUGGGAUAUAUGAAAGCUAUAUGUAUACAGGGUGGACCACGCAAUUGUUUCAGAUCAUAAUUCCGUCAUUAAUGGAUUCACGAAAAAAUUAUCUUUCUCUGGCAUUUUUUCGUGAAUGCACUAAUAACGGAGUUGUGACCUGAAACAAUUGCAUAGCCCACCCUGUACAUAUAUAUAUAUAUGACUGAUAAUUAUCAUUAUUUUACAUUGUUACAUCUUUUGUGUACAAAUGAUUACUGUUUAACAAAAGAUGUUGUGAAUUUCGAUGAAGAAACGUAGCCUUAAGUCAAUGUGAGGAUCGUUCAGAUUGAAUUAUAUCUUGAGAAAUAGAAAUAAAUGUUUCUUUUCUUUUUUUUUUGUAUUUGUAGGUAGAACGGAUAUAGUAUAAAUAAAUAGAAAGACGUUCGUUGAAAAUAGCAAAAAUCGUUACCGCUUUAAAGAAGGCUUAGAAUAGGCUUUAAAGUGAUAGUUGGUGGAAUCGAUGAAAAAUUACGGUUGAAAAAAAAAACUAAAUGGUCGCUUGAAAUUUCAAAUUUCAUAUACUCGUUAUGCAGUAUGUAAUAUUAAAAUGUAACUCGUAUACAAAAGCAACGUUUCCGAGAAGUUGGACAGAUAAAUGAUUAAUUUUUUUUUAUUUUUAAUUUACCACUUGCAGGAAGUAUCAAUAACGAGAUAAAGUUAGGUGAAAAAUAAUAUAAAAUCAGAUCUGGUAGAAAUCAUUGACUAGGACGUUUUUCCAAAAAUAUCGCAUUCUCCCAUCUUUGAUACAAGUGUUGUAAAUUGUAAUUAAUUAGGAAAUGAAGAAAAUGAGAAAACGAAGAACAAUCGUGCUUUUGAUGUUGUUAUUGUAAUCUGAAUGAACGUUAGUUAAAAGAAAAAAAGACAUUUUAAAAGUGAAUCAAAGUUUAAGGAGAAAUCACUGGCCGAUCGUGAACUUUUUUUACUUCCGGUAUCAGACGUAUUCAGGCUAAUAUAUGCAGCUUAACAUUACGUAAAUCGCAAAUCAUUAAUGAAGAGAAAGUAUAUGAUUAAUUGCUAAGCGAAAUGAAAUACAUAUACAUAUAUACGUAUAUAAAUCCCUGACUUUCCCACUGGAUCCCUGAGAAAACAGUUUGUGUACAAGUGAAAAACAUAUUUGUAAAAAUAUAAUGUAUGUCGAUAAAUAUAAUGAUAAUUAAAUGAGGAA